UCAAAGGCUGACGCUUUCUCACUAGUGUGAGCUUCAAGUUAACAUUGAAUGUGUCUUAUCAACCUUACCUUGUUGGUUGAGAAAUUAAUACUUUUCAGUAAUUAAACAACGACUGUUGUUAAACCAGUUACAAUGUUUUGCAUUACUUCUUUUAUUUUUAUAGUAAUAGCAAGCGUGGCGUCGGUUAAGGUGACGUUAUUGCCGCCUGUACGUAACGGCACCGAUGACGUUGCUAUUAUAGUGACGCCUGGAGCAGAAAUUGACGGUCUAGCUUACCAGCCUCUCGCACAAGCCAUACAGGCACAGUUCCCAGGGCGAUUAUGGAUCGCGUUACUCCACGACUUUCUACUUAAAACCCCAAAUCCACCCGAGCUCAGCGAAGGAGUUAACCUAGCUAAGGCAUCUCUUCAAAAGGAUGGUUUUCAUGGAGACUCUUUCUUUCUGGCGGGACACAGUCUUGGAGGCGUGUUCGUCGCCGACUACGGCCUCUCCAACAGCUCGGCACUGUUGGGCGUGCUGUUGUGGGCCUCCUACCUAACCCGGCCACGGCUACUGAGGGACUACCCCGUUCCGCUCCUUACCAUAUCCGGUGAUAUUGACGGACUCACGAGGAUCACGCGGAUUGUGGACACUUUCGAGGAACUCGAGAACGAAACCGUAAACAAUCCUCGACCGACGAGUAUCAUGUACACCGACCCGGUAAUAGUGAUGCCAGGAAUCAACCACGGUCACUUCGCUGCCGGUACAAUGCCGCCAAAUGUCGUAAAACACGAUCCACCCGCUGACAGUGACGUAACACCUAACUCCGCCCACGAUACUAUCGCCUGGCACGUGACCAAUUUUCUGAUCGUUACGCUUGGACAACCGACGGAGAUGCGUUUAGUUGCAUUUGCGGGCCUGAAAAGUGCAUUCUUUCAAACGAAAAACAUCAUCCAGCCACUGUCCACGGUGAAGAGUUUGGAUCAAAACACGAUGAAAGUGUCGGACUCCACCCAACGGUGCCAGAUCCUCUUUGCCGGACCAGCACUCGCUAACCGGACACAGGUGACAGACAGUGAAAUCUCAGAAGUGGAAGUUCCGUUCUCUGAUCCUAAAGUGUAUGUUCACGACAUGUUGGCGCAUGCGCAAACAUAUACGCACGUGGUGAUGCCCUUUGACCCGGUAGAUGUUUCCUUGUAUCCACAGACACCAAAAGAACUUCAGGCGCUUAUGGUGAGUCAAGAUGGCCUGCACCGUCACAUGCCAGACAUUCCCUUCGAGAAAAACAAUCUCACCUGCAAGGACGCUAACAUGAUGCUGUACAGCCUCGCCCUGAAUAAAUCAUCUACAGAAGCACGACAAAGGUUUACAGAAAGAGGCUCAACAAUUAAAUUUAAUGACGAUAUUGUUUCCGUAUCAAAAGUCACGUGGGCUUUAUCUGACCUUGACGUUGUUUACGGUAAAAAUGGCCACCUUGAGGUUACAUCAAAAACGAUUGUUUCCGGGAAUACUGGUUUGCAAUUUUGCAAGCUUCUUUCGCCAUACCGAGCAAUGGAGUGGAUUUAUAUAGACUCUUUAAAACGAAAUUCUUAAAACAGUGUCAUUAUUAAUUUGAAUAAAAUUCUUGGAAGAAAAAAAUGCGUAGAACAAACGAUGAAUUGUUCAGAAUAUCUUAAAUAGAAAUGAUGAAGACUUCUUCAGA